AUGUUGACACUAAUCCCAGGGGUACAGUCAUAUGAAUGGGGUGUGCCUGGUGGUGCAAAAGACAGCAUGGUCGCUGAUUUUGCUGAAUGCACGCCAGAGCUUGGCUUCCAACGCGAAUCUUCCAAACCGUAUGCGGAACUUUGGAUGGGCACACACCCUACCGUACCGUCGCGAGUGGUGAAGGAAGAUGGCACUCGUACACUGCUGAAUGACGUACUGCAGGAAGACCAGGCAUUGAUAGGCUCUGAAGUGGCGCGUCACUUUGGUGUCGACAAGACUUGUGGCCGCAUUGCCGUUUCUGUUCAAAGUGCUUUCCAUCAACAAGGCAUUGUCGAUUCAAGCACAUCCCGAUAA